GGCACUAAUUAGUCUUUCCAUGUUUAUUUGAGUUUGACAUUGACUUCCACGUUUCGUGCUCCAACCUUUAAGAUAUUUGAGGACCAAAACCUUUGUCAUUUUCAAUUGAAUUAAGGUUUCACUAUGGAAGUAGAAGGAAAAGCAAGCAAUGACAACUCUCUCACUCUGAACCUCGAACAUGGUCAAGACAAGAUUACUCCGAAUGAUUCUUAUGGCCUUUCUUCUGCUCAUACUAUCGACAGUGAUUCGUGGCAACAAGUGGGGUUGAUGCUUGUGACAAGCUUCAACUGUGGGUGGAUAUUAACUUUUUCUAAUUUGGUCAUGAUUCCAUUGGGUUGGACUUGGGGUGCUAUAUUGCUUCUUGUUUUUGGACUCUACACAGCCUAUGCCAAUUGGCUAUUGGCAGAGUUUCAUUUCAUUGAUGGUCGUAGAUUCAUCAGAUACAGAGAUCUCAUGGGAUUUGUUUAUGGAAAGAAGAUGUAUCACAUAACAUGGAUUUCUCAAUUUUUGACCCUUCUACUUGGAAACAUGGGUUUCAUUCUCCUCGGAGGCAAGGCACUUAAGGAAAUCAACUCAGAAUUUAGUGAUUCUCCAUUGAGACUACAAUACUACAUAGUGGCGACAGGAGUAGCAUAUCUCAUGUUUUCCUUCUUCAUCCCAACAAUGUCUGCGAUGAAAAAUUGGUUAGGAGCUUCUGCAGUUGUUACAAUCGCAUACAUAGUAUUUCUUCUGAUUGUUGUAGUCAAAGAUGGAAAAUCAAAUACAAACAAGGAUUUCAGCGUUAGUGGAAGCAAAGUGGGGAAGGUGUUCAAUGGUUUUGGUGCAAUUUCUGCCAUCAUUGUUACCAACACUAGUGGCUUGCUUCCUGAGAUACAGUCCACUCUACGUAAGCCAGCUGUGAAGAACAUGAGGAAGGCUCUGUACUCACAAUACACAGUGGGAGUGUUGUUUUACUAUGGUGUUACUAUACUAGGAUAUUGGGCUUAUGGCUCAAUGGUAUCUUCGUAUCUUCCUGAAAACUUAAGUGGACCUAGAUGGAUCAAUGUGCUUGUUAAUAUCAUUGUCUUUCUGCAGUCCAUAGUUUCCCAACAUAUGUUUGUGGCACCAAUUCAUGAGGCUUUGGACACAAAAUUUCUAGAAAUUGGCAAGGCUAUGCAUUCAGGGGAUAAUUUGAUACGCUUAUUUCUCAUAAGAGUGUGCUUCUUUACAGGGAAUACAUUCAUUGCUGCUGCAUUUCCUUUUAUGGGUGACUUUGUUAAUUUGUUGGGCUCAUUUUCCCUCGUUCCCCUCACCUUCAUGUUUCCAAGCAUGCUCUUCAUCAAGGUGAAGGGAAAGACAGCUAGAGCAGAGAAGAAGGCAUGGCACUGGAUCAACAUUGUUUUUUCUUCUCUACUUACAGUAGCAACCACAAUUUCAGCUGUUAGGUUGAUAAUCAACAACAUCCAAAAAUAUCACUUCUUUGCCAAUGCAUGAUUGCUCAUUUCAAUAACUAUAUGCCUUAGUUUCAGUAAGAAAUAAAAUUGAGCUUACAUAUGUAUUUUGUAGAAAAUCAAUAUAAAAUUGAAUAAUGUAUAUUCACCGUAUCAUUGUGGUUAAGUCCUCCAAAGGGAAACUGAUAAAAAUUAACAUUAUCAAUGUCAUCAUCUUUCUCAUUACAAUGAGGAAACAAGGUAUUAAUCAACACACCUCUUUUGGUUA